ACUUGCCAAACUCAAACACAAAAACGGCGUCGUUCGACGCGUGGUACGUCGGCGAAGGCCCCCCAACAAAAAGACAAAAACUUGUUUUCCCCCGGAAUGACAGAUAGAUAAUCCCACCACCCGUAUACAGAACAAUUAGUAACCCAAAUAUUUGAAAAGAGGAUCCGGUGGAGCCAAAAAAUGGAGAUAGAUUCCGCCCCGAUUAGUCGGUGCUCCAAGGAGCACCAGAAGAUCUACCAGGACUGGUUUUCUUUCGCCGAUUCAGAUGGAGACGGCCGACUCACGGGAGCCGACGCCACCAAAUUCUUUUCCUUGUCUAAUUUGCCUCGUCAAGAUCUCAAACUGGUCUGGGCAAUUGCUGAUUCGAAAAGGCAAGGGUUUCUUGGAUUUAAAGAAUUCAUUACAGCAAUGCAGUUAGUUUCUUUGGCACAAGCUGGGCAUGCCCUUACUAGCGAUAUUUUGAGCUCUGAAGUUGACUUUGAAAACUUGCAAACACCGGCUCUGGAUGGUCUGGGUGCGCUUCUCACUAAGAAAAAGCGUUUAUCAAAUGAACCCGAACAAAAUGGUAGUCCUCAAGUUCAAUCUUCACUUGCAGCUAGCUGGUUUUCUUCUUCAAAAUCUGCAAAGAAGAUAUCUCUGAGCUCUGUCACUUCGAUUGUUGAUGGAUUAAAGAGGCUGUACAUUCAGAAGCUGAAGCCCCUGGAAACAACCUAUCAGUUUAACGACUUUGUUUCUCCCUCACUGACCAACAGUGAUUUCGAUGCUAAACCUAUGGUGAUGCUUCUGGGUCAAUAUUCAACUGGAAAGACGACAUUUAUCAAACAUUUGCUCAGAACAAGUUAUCCAGGUGCUCAUAUCGGACCAGAGCCUACUACAGACAGAUUCGUGGUUGUGAUGAAUGGACCUGAUGAGAGAAGUGUUCCAGGGAACACUAUUGCCGUUCAAGCAGAUAUGCCUUUCAGCGGUCUGACAACAUUCGGAAGUGCGUUUUUGUCUAAAUUCGAGUGUUCACAAAUGCCACAUCCCCUGCUGGAGCAUAUUACUUUUGUGGACACUCCUGGAGUUUUGUCUGGUGAAAAGCAACGAACACAGAGAAGCUACGAUUUCACCGGUGUGACAUCAUGGUUUGCCUCAAAGUGUGAUCUAAUCCUCCUUCUUUUCGACCCUCACAAACUUGAUAUAAGCGAUGAAUUCAAACGAGUAAUUGGAUCUUUAAGAGGGCACGAUGAUAAGAUACGUGUGGUUUUGAACAAGGCCGACCAAGUUGAUACACAACAACUUAUGCGUGUGUAUGGAGCUUUGAUGUGGUCCCUCGGGAAGGUAUUAAAUACUCCUGAAGUUAAUCGUGUUUAUAUUGGUUCAUUUAAUGACAAGCCUAUAAACGAGGCUGCAGCGGGUCCUCUUGGCAGAGAGCUAUUUGAGAAAGAACAGGACGAUCUUCUCUCCGAUCUGAAAGACAUUCCUAAAAAGGCCUGUGACCGUCGGAUAAACGAAUUUGUGAAACGUGCUAGGGCUGCUAAGAUUCAUGCUUAUAUCAUCAGUCAUCUGAAGAAGGAGAUGCCUGCAAUGAUGGGCAAAGCUAAGGCACAACAAAAACUCAUCGAUAACCUCCCUGAUGAAUUCGCUAAGGUUCAGAGGGAGCACCAUCUGCCAGCUGGGGAUUUCCCGAAUGUAGAACACUUUAGGGAGGUAUUGAGUGGGUACAGUUUAGACAGGUUUGAGAAGCUUAAACCUAAAAUGAUACAAUCUGUUGACGACAUGCUUGGCUACGACAUCCCUGAUCUCUUGAAGAAUUUCCGUAAUCCCUACGAUUAAAACUAAAAAUCGGAUGAAUGCUUUCUUGAUAGCUCCUACUCUUUUUUUUUUUUUUUUCCUUUCGAUUUGAAUGAUGUUAUAGUCAGAAAGGACAUACGCAACAUAGGCUGCGGAUUAUAUAUAUGUAUGUACAAGUUCUUGUGGUCAAUAAUUAUAUAUGUUUGUCUUCUGUUGUAAUGGUUGGAAAACUUCACAUAUGUGAUGAAAAUGUGGGCUGAUCAAAUUCUUUAGUAUUGUCAAUUAAAUUUACAAGCAGUUGUGAUGAA